AUGACUCCCUCACUUCCAAGCUCCUACUCAGCACUUCCUUUCCAACAUAUCCGCGUCUCUCACAUACCAGAGUCCUCGCCCACACCCACUCCAACUAUUCUAAUCACACUAUAUCGACCAGGAAAACACAAUGCGUUCACAGAUACUAUGGCUGAAGAACUUGAAACAGCUUUCAAUCUUCUGUCACUUGAUCCUAGAGUGAAAUGUAUUGUUAUGACUGGUCAUGGAAAGAUGUUUUGUGCCGGAGUGGAUUUGGAAGCCGGAUUGUCAUAUGAGAAUGAUACGGCGUUGACGCAUCGGGAUGGUGGUGGAAAGGUAGCACUAGCUAUUCAUAGAUGUAUGAAACCUACAAUUGCAGCUAUUAAUGGCUCGGCUGUCGGUGUAGGCAUAACCGUGACACUCCCAACUUCUAUCCGUAUCGUUUCUUCUACAGCAAAAAUCGGAUUCGUAUUUGCCCGCCGUGGUAUCAUAAUGGAAGCAUGUUCCUCCUACUUCCUCCCCCGUCUUAUCGGUCUCUCCCGCGCUAUGCACCUCACGACAACUGGCUCAAUAUACCCCUCAACAUCCCCUCUUCUCUCCUCCCUCUUCUCCGAGAUCUUACCCCCCGAAAAAGUUCUUCCACGUGCAUUAGAACUUGCAAAUGAUAUAGCUCAAAAUACGAGUGCAGUUUCAACUGCGGUUAUGAGAGAUUUGAUGUGGAAAGGGCCGGGAACGGCGGAAGAAACGCAUCUUUUAGACAGUAAGGUUUUGUUGGAGUUGUUCAAAUCGGGGGAUAAGAACGAGGGAAUUAAGAGCUUCAUGGAAAAGAGAAACCCUGAGUUCAAGGAUAAUAUGCAAGAGAAUGCACCAAGUGUCUGGCCAUGGUGGAAACCAGUCGAUACUAAACCUCCGGCGACGAUUGAAGAAUUGACCCAGAAAUUAAAGAAAACGGAGAUGGAACCGGCUAAGCCUAAACUUUGA